CACAAUUAUAUUAUUGAUCAUUUAAUUAUUCAUUAAAUUUUUUUAUAUUAUUUUUAAUUAAUUCUAAUGAAAUCAAUAACUAAUCAAUUAUCUAAUUGUUUAAAUUCAUUAACUAAUGAAGAAAUUAUGGUAUAUAAUUUUCGUGCAUAUAUAUCACCAUUAUUAUCAUUAAUUGGUAUACCAGCAAAUAUAUUUAUUAUUAUAAUAUUUAAUCUAUUAGAAAAACAACAAUCAUGUCGUUUUAAUUUAUAUGCAAUAUGGAUGGCAAUAGCACAUUUAAUUCAAUUAAUAGUAAAUACAUUUAUUGAUGAUUUUUUAGGUCGUGGUUUAAAAUGGGCAACAAAUUGUUUAAUAUGGUAUCAAGUUGAUUCAUAUUCAUCAUUAACAUGUAAAUUAUUAACUUAUUUAUCUGAUGUAUCCGCAUUAAUUGCUGCAUUUAUUUUAAUGUUAUUUAGUAUAGAUCGUGUAUGUUCCAUUUAUUGUACUAAACAAAUUGAACAAAUAUUACAUUUACGUAUAGCUAAAUUAUUUAUAUUUUUAAUAUAUUGUAUAUGUUUAUUAUUAAAUAUCCCUCAUUUAAUUUAUGCUGAUUUAAAAAAUGAUACCAAGGAAACAAUAAAUUGUCAAUAUAUUAAUCCAGUUGCUGGGGGUGUUAAAUAUGUUCUUUAUUUAUAUAUAAUUGGUGUUACUAUAUUACCAGCUAUAUUAAUAUUUAUUAUGAAUAUAUUAAUAUCAUUUAAAUUAAAAACAACAAUAAAACAUUCAAAAUUAAAUGGUUAUUAUGAUAAACAAUCAUAUAAUGAAUUAAGUAAAGUGAUUACUCAUUUAGCUAUAAGUAUUAUGUUUACUUGUUUAUCAUUACCAUUAGUUGUUAUAAUGAUAUUAAGACAAAAAGUACAUUUUAAUAAUUAUGAAUUAUUAUAUCCAAUUUAUUCAUAUAAAAUUAUACAAUUAUCAAAAUUAUUUAGUUCAAUUGAUUCAUUUAAUCAUACAUUUGAUUUUUUUUUAUAUUGGGCAUUUUUACCAAUAUUUAGACAAACAUUAUAUAAAUUAAUUACAAAAUUAUUAUGUAAUAAGUGUAAUAAAAGGAGAAGGAGUAAUCAUAGUAAUAAUAAUAAUAAUAAUAAUAGUAAUGGUAUGAAUAUGAAUACAAACAAUAAUGGUAAUAUGGUACUCCCCAAUAAUAAUAAUAGUAAUCAUAGACUAAUCGAUAAUCCGAUGAACAAUAAUGAUCAUCAUCAUUAUAAUUAUGAUAUAUCUGAUUUAUCUUGUUAUUCAUAUAUGAAUUUUCCUUUAGGAUAUAUUGAUUUUACACGUCGUCAAUGUAGAGGUCGUUGUUCACCUCAUAGUCUUUAUUAUUAUCAACAUUAUCGUCAUCGUCAUCGUCAACAUCAUCAUCGUCAUUAUUAUCAACCUUAUUAUCAACAAUGUCAACGAAAAUUUAUCCCAUUAGAAUAUAGUAAACAAUUAAGUUUUCAUUGUAUGAAAGAAAUUCAUGAUAAACAUUUACAAAAUGAACAACAAUAAUUAGAUGAUAGUUUCUAGAUAAUCUUAUUAUUAUAAUUUUUUCUGGUGACAAUGAACAGAUAUAGAUACAUAAAUGCACAUAUAUCCCCCUCAUUUUUUUAUUCACUAAACAAAUUUUUUUUCCUCAUCAUAAAUUUGACUAUGAAAGUAUUACAUAACAAUUAACUCUACACUACCUAUACAUAGUACGGUAAAUUGAUUCAAUGAAUAAAACGGGUUUCAUGUUUUGUUUUUUCUUUUUCGUUUAAUGAAUAAAAUCAAAUCAAAUGUUAUCGUCGUACAUAGUAUAACAACUGUGAUUACCUCAUUGUACAUUAUUUAAAAUAGAUUAUAAGAAUAGUCAGUAUUAAGUUAUAUUUUUCUUUUCUCAUCUAUUUGUUCAUAAUAACAAACCCACGUUUAGAUUAGGUUUCAAUGUUAUCCUUUUUUUUCUCUACUUACCUGUGAUGUAAUUAUCUUUUAAUCUCUAAAAUCAUUGAUCAUCGAUAAUAGAGUGUUGUAUACUAAAAUUUCAAUUUAUGGUUUUAUGUUAUAUUUGAAAAGAAUGAAAGCUUCAUGACUAAACCAUCUAGUUCAGAGAAUAAAACUCUAUCAAAAAUUACCCACCUCAGCUACAAAUUGUUCUCCAUCAUCAAUUUUUUGACCCUACUAUUACCUGUUUUUUUUUUAAAUACUUUGAUAUUUAACAAUAUGAUUUAUGUGUUUUUAAUUGUUUCCGAGAUUUUCUACCACCAUCAUCGUCAUCAUUAUCAUUGUAUAAGUAACCAUUUAAUUGUCAAUAUUAAUACACCAUUUAAUGAUAUUAUUUUUUAACUACCAUUUUUGUUCUCUUUUUGUUUAAUAAAUUAAAUAUAGAUUGUACUAUUG